ACGAGGAUAUGGCGUCGCUACUCCGCCAGAUAGUGGCGGGCCCGCGAGCUAGACAUGCCGAAGCCGGACUAGAUCUAUGUUACGUGACAGAUCACAUUAUCGCCACAUCUGGUCCGUCAGGAACCUAUCCCCAACGCGCAUACCGAAAUCCCCUCGAUUCACUUGUUAAGUUUCUCGACCACAAGCAUGGCGAAGACUGGGCUAUAUGGGAGUUUCGCGCCGAGGGCACCGGAUAUCCCGACGAUGAGGUAUACAACCGGGUAUACCACUAUCCCUUCCCCGACCACCACCCGCCGCCCUUUGUCUUGAUACCCCAUAUGAUGGCGAGCAUGCGCAACUGGCUCAAGGGGAAGAAGGGUCGGGUCGUCGUCGUUCACUGCAAGGCUGGCAAAGGCAGAAGUGGAACGGCAAGUUGCAGCUACCUAAUUAGCGAGGAGGGCUGGGAGGCCAAGGAUGCCUUGAAGAGGUUUACAGAACGUCGUAUGCGGCCAGGGUGGGGUGAUGGCGUUAGCAUACCCAGUCAGCUAAGGUGGAUUGGUUAUGUUGAGCGGUGGGCUAAGCACGGCAAGAUCUACGUUGAGAGGCAGGUUGAGGUGCUUGAAGUGCAUUGCUGGGGGCUGAGAGACGGCGUCAAGAUUCAGGUCGAGGGAUUCGUGAAUGACGGGAAGAUUAUCAAGGCAUUCCACACUUUCACGAGGUCUGAAAGGGAGGUAGUGAGGGGUGAGAUUCAGAGCACCGGCGGAUUUGCUCAGGCCGUGAAUGAAGUCAUGGGCAAGAAUGGAUUGAAGAGAUCUCUAAGCAAGAAGGAGCCAAAGACUGCUUCUCCUGAUAGUGACAACAACGAUGAACAGGGUGUCAAGCAGGCCUCGACAUAUCAUUUGGGCAAAGGCGCAUUAUUAGACGGCGCAAGCUUCUCCAAGGAAGAGGAUUCUCCGAGUAGCAAGGAAAAUGGAAAGGGGGACGUUGUGUUCCGUCCAUCGAAGCGAGUGGUCCUACCAACGAACGACUUCAACAUUGACGUCGAGCGGCGUAACAAGGCAGCAUAUGGUUUAACCAUGGUUACUUCGGUCGCACACGUCUGGAUGAAUACCUUUUUUGAAGGUAACGGGCCUGAACAAAAUGGUGAAGCAGACGAAUCAGGGGUGUUCGAAAUCACAUGGGACGCGAUGGACGGUAUCAAAGGUAGUAGCAAGAAGGGUACACGAGCGUUUGAUAAAAUCGCCGUUGUGUGGAAAGCGCUCAAGGACGAGGGGGGUAAACCAGGAAUUGUGAUCACUGAACCCAAGGAGGGCGAAGAGGUUAAGCAGACAUCUCCCGCAGACUGGAAAGGGCAAGACAAUGUUGCACCAAGCGAGGAGAAAGAUCUUGGUCUCCGGACAUCGAGCCCCGCUGGAUCGAGCGUGGACAUUAGCAAGGCAAGCAGUGUCAAGAGCCAGCAUACGGUUUUCACGGCGCCCGACCCACAUGAGAACAGCACAGCAGGUGUACGUUCGCAUGGGCUAAGCGGCGAGGAGACGAUUGAGACACCUAGCAGCGGGAGCGGACCGUCGGGGUUACCCACGUGUAGGAACCAGUCGCCAAGCUCGGCUUCUGCACAAUUGGACGGCACAUGGCCUGCGCAAGGCAAGACAAAGCCAGAAACUGGUGGUUCCAACACACAUUCACCUGCAUCAAACCACGACGACGUGGCAGGCAUCGUGGGGGGGAUUCAACACAUUUCGACCGGAGACCUGCCGGGCGGAAGACCCGAAGAAGAAAUGAAAACAGCGAACGAGCAUUCCUUGGGCCGCUUGGGAUACGCGAAGAAGACGAACACAGGUUUUGAUUGACAGAACAAGCGCUGAGAGCGUGACAAGGAAGAGGAAGGAUUGCAUGGCACUGAUGUGUGCGAGUACUGUAACCAGGAUUUCUUUUGCAAGGUCUUGGCCGAGCGUAUCAAGUACAGUAUCCCUGGCUGCAUGUUGCAGGAUGCAGAGACUGGGCGCUGGGAACAGAGGACAUGUAUCGGUGGAACAGAGGGGUACCCAUCUUGCAAGAGCGACCCCUCACGGAGGGCCAUUAGAGCAAGGCUGGAUAGCCUGGUGGUGGCCAGUGAUAUUUGUGGUCCGACCAGGCAGACAUUCAAUAUAACUCGAU